UUUCCUUUUUCUACUGCGUGAUGUUGGAAGUGGCAAAAAACUAGUGCUUGCUCCGUUACCCUUUUUCGCACUUAACUAGUUAGUAGUACGCAAGUGAUCAGCCAAUAAGUAUUUUACUAGCAGGAGUAGCGAGCGGAUUGUAAAUUGGUUGGUGUAAAAGUGCUACCCACAAGAUUUAGUACGAAGCCUAAAGUUAAAGUGAUACAACAUGAGUGAUCAGCAGUCACGAGACCCGCAGCCGCGUGGAGUGCAGGCACUAAAACAACACGUCAUUCUCAACAAGAUCGACACGGCACUGUGGGCAUCCCGAGUGCUAACCAUCCUCUUCACUAUCGGCUACGUCAUUCCGAUCUUUGGAAACCCCACAAAUGCUUACUACAAAGUAUUAAUGGCCAAUGCCGCCACAAGUGCACUUCGCCUACAUCAGCGCAUGCCAACGUUCCAGUUCUCUCGGGAUUACCUACAGAAGCUCCUGCUGGAAGAUUCCUGCCACUAUCUGCUGUAUUCGCUGAUUUUCCUGUACGCCUAUCCGGUGCUACUGAUCAUUUUCCCAGUGGCACUGUUUGCGGUCCUGCAUUCGGCUAGCUAUUCGCUAACGCUGCUCGAUACCCUCGGACAAAAUUCAUGGUGGGGCGCACGCCUGUUGAUAUCGCUGGUGGAAUUUCAAACCAGAAACAUCCUUCGAUUGGCGGCAUUCGCUGAAAUCUUCAUUAUGCCGCUGGCAGUUGUAUUAGUAUUUCUGGGAAAAGCCGGCAUUAUGACUCCACUGGUAUACUACCAGUUCUUGGUGCUGCGCUACUCGUCCCGCCGCAAUCCCUACACGAGGAACGUAUUUUACGAGUUGCGUCUGGUUACGGAGAAUUUCGCUAAUGGUGCACGCACACCACCGAUCGUGCGCAAGGUGCUUCAGAGCAGCGUCAGCUUUAUCAGUCGGUUAGCGCCACCCAUGCAACAGCAGCAGCAGUAAUGCUCGGGCAACGUGCUAAACGGAGUCGAUAGUUAAUUACAACAAAUAAUAACAACAAUCAUUUCGAAAAAACCAUUCGCACAUCCAUCAACCACACCUUUCUUGAUGCGGAUUUGUAGGCAUUUUCACCUAAACAAUUAAGUGGUAGCAUGGUUUGGACGAAGAUAGCAAAGUCAUCUUCACUUACAUCGACGGCGACGACGACGGGUGUGUGCUUUAUUUUCAUACUAAAACAAUUGUGUAGGAUAUGGGAAUCAUUGUAAGUAAGUUAAACGUUUUCUUUUGUUACUGCAAUAGCAUCUAUCAUCACGAAAGGACAAAUUCAUGCGGUUUGAUCGUUCAAGUUUAUUCCUUUUAAUCAAAGAAAAGACGAUCAUACUAACUAUCUAAUUGAGGAUUUUUCUAGAUCCGAGAAUCACAAAACAGAGUUAAGUAAUUAAUCGCGUUUCAUGUUUUAUUGAAGGGCUGCGAAACAAUAUGUUUUAUUACCGUAGGAGGAUGUUGAAGCAUAGAAAUUGAAAAUGCAUGGUUUAUUGGGUAAUAUAUGUUAACAGAGUGACACAUUUCCUAUA